AUGGAGAUGGUUUCGGUUAAUCGUCCGGACGUUGGGACACUGGGCCGCGGUAUCCGUUUACUCGCCAACCACUUCAAGCUGGAGGUGCCCCGUGAUGGCUACUUUUACCACUACCACGUGGAAAUGGAGGCCCUGGUGUGGCGCGCGCCGGAAACCCGCGAGCGCAGUCAUCAGCGCGCUACCACCGACAUCAUGGCCCAGCGAGGGGUCAGUGACCGAGAGGCGGACCCGGUCUUGGUGGUGCUGGGGAAACCGGUGCGGAAGGAUACCCGCCGGCGUGCCAUCCAUCGCUUGGUGGCGGGGAACCGGGCGUUGUUCCAGGGGACGCUGCCGGUGUUUGAUGGAGAGAGCAAUUUGCUCUCCGUGGUGGAGCUGCAGGAUCCGGGGCUGUUGUCGGCGAAGCGGGCGGAGCGGAUUGUGGAGACCAUCGUAGAGCUUCCCAAUGAGAAGGAGCAUCGGCGGGCAACGGUGCGAGUGACCCUGCGGGAGUGCAAUCCGCUGCGGUUUUCCUGGGGAGUUCUCCGGGAGGCUAUGGAAGGGCGCACCACGGAGUUGCCGGUACACGUCAUUUCCUGCAUUAACACCAUUCUCCGCGAGGCCGCCCUGGCCGUUGAUCACAAUGUGCCAGCCGGUAGUUCCUACUUCCACCAUGACACCAAUGCCAUCACGCUCGGUGGGGGCCGUAUAAUGUGGAUGGGAUUUUUCGCGAGUGCGCGGCUGUGUCAGUUGGGGAUGUCGCUGAAUGUGGACGUGGCGCACGGUGUAUUCUAUGCCAACAUCCCGCUGCACCAUCUGAUCACGGCCAUAGUACAGCAACGAGACAACGCCCCGCCCAUUCCAAUUAUGAACGAGCAGCAACUGCGUCGGGUCAUGGCGGAUCUGAGGGGUCUGCAGAUCAGCACCGGCGUCGGCGGUAAAAUGCGCUACUACACCGUCGCGCGAUUGUCCCGCGAGGCGGCCGAUCAGUGUGCCUUCCACAUGAACGGGGAACAGGUGCUGGUUGCGGACUACUUUGCCCGGAAGUACAACUACCGGCUGCAGUUUCCCGGAUUGCCGAUGGUGGAGACAUCCAACAAAUGUCUCCUGCCUGUGGAACUUUGUACGGUGGUCGACGGGCAAAAAGUCAAACGGAAGCUGACGGAUCAACAGACGGCCAUGAUGGUCCGAGCGUGUGCUAAACCCGCUGGCGUCCGCAAGCGCCAAAUUCAGGAUAUUCGGACACACGCGGUGGGCUAUGACGAUAGUGAGCACAUGCGACAGUUCGGGAUCCGCGUGGCGCGGGAUAUGCAGGCGCUGGAGGGUCGUGUUCUGCCGAUGCCCAAGAUUGGACAGGGCGAGGCGAAGACGCUGGCUGUGGACGAGAGCCACGGUACGUGGGAUACGCGGCGCACCCGGUUUGUCCAUCCCGUACCGCUGACAGCCUGGGCGGUGGUGAUACGCAAUAACCUCCACGAGCAACGGGUGUUCAAUGAUUUCCUGAAAAAGCUGACGGAGUUGGCGCGACAGCGCGGCAUGACCAUCGAACCGCCCUACAUGUACCGUGCCCAUGACGCCCACCCGGACUUCGCUGGGAUCAUCGAAGAUAUCCGGUCGUAUUACAGUGGUCGAGGGCAGAACGUCCAAUUGAUUAUGAUCGUGUCUCAUCAGUACGAAUUGUACGGUGACAUUAAAAAGGCCGGCGAUGUACAGUGCGGCGUGGCUACACAGGUGGUCUUGACGAAGACCUUAAUGAAAAACCACCCGAAAGGACUGGCGCAGUAUGCCGGGAAUCUUCUGCUGAAGAUCAACGCGAAACUUGGUGGCGUUAACAAUAUUAACGCCAGCCUUGACAAGUGUCCCACCAGUUCACCGCUGGCAAAUAUAUUUACGAAACGCUUACAGCCGACCAUUGUAUUCGGUGCGGACGUGACGCACCCGGGAGCGGGUGAGGACAUUGCCAAACCGUCCAUCGCCGCUGUGGUGGCCAGCUACGAUGACACCUUCACACGAUAUAUGCAACGUGUCCGCGCGCAGUCCAAACGUGUCAAUCCGUACUCCGAGAAGAAGUCCGCUACACAGGAGAUCAUCACCGAUCUCGCGGCGAUGGUUCGCGAGCUGCUGUUGGAGUUCUACGAUCGCAACAAAACUGAACCGGCACAAAUCGUCUUCUAUCGCGACGGCGUGUCCGAGGGCCAGUAUAAGCAAGUCAUGGAGCGUGAAGUGAAUUCCGUCAAGCAAGCUUGUCGGGAAUUGGUUCCGAAUGGGAAGUACAUGCCGCCCCUUACCUAUGUUAUCGUCGGCAAAGGUCAUCAUGUGCGGCUGUUCCAUGCUAAUGAACGCGAAGCUACUACCCAUUCCGGAAACGUCCCGCCUGGUACCAUCGUUGAUACCACCAUUACCCAUUUCAAGGAAUUCGAUUUUUACCUCGCCAGUCACGCUGGCAUUCAGGGCACCAGCCGUCCGGCACAUUAUCAUGUGCUGUAUGAUGAUAGUCAUUUGUCCGCCGACCAGAUCGAGCUCUUCAGUUACUCGUUGGCGUUUCUCUCCGCGCGUUGCAACCGCAGCGUCAGCAUCCCCACGCCGGUUUACUAUGCCCAUCUGGCCGCCUUCCGGGCGCGGUACCAUCUCCAGCAUACCGGCAUCUAUUUGGACAGUGCCAGCGAAGAAACGCCUGAACGAGAACGCGAUAACCGCGCACCGGCGCCGGAUCUGGAUGCUUUGAACCAGCGCAUUCGCACGCACAAGGAACUGCAAGGCCUGUACUACGCCUAA